UGGGAGGCGGCACACCUAGGGGGGACGCCGAGGGAGUAGGAUCUAACCAUGGACCCCGCCAGGAAAGCAGGCGCCCCAGCCGUGAUCUGGACUACAGGAUGGCUCCUGCUGUUGUUGCUGCCUCUGUUGCUUUGGGAAGGAGCGCAGGCCCUAGAGUGCUACAGCUGCGUGCAGAAAGCAGAUGACGGAUGCUCUCCGCAGAAGACCAAGACCGUGAAGUGCGCUCAGGGCGUGGAAGUCUGUACAGAGGCAGUGGGAGCGGUGGAGACUAUCCACGGGCAAUUCUCGGUGGCAGUGCGCGGCUGCGGCUCGGGACUCCCUGGCAAGAAUGACCGCGGACUGGACCUUUACGGGCUCCUGGCCUUCAUGCAACUGCAGCAAUGCGCCCAGGACCGCUGCAACGCCAAGCUCAAUCUCACCACUCGAGCUCUCAACCCCUCAGGUAAUGAGAGUGCGUACCAGCCCAACGGUGCGGAGUGCUACAGCUGCGUGGGGCUGAGCCGCGAGGCGUGUCAGGGUACGGCGCCACCCGUCGUGAGCUGCUACAAUGCCAGCGACAGCUUCUACAAGGGCUGUUUCGAUGGCAACGUCACCUUGACGGCAGCUAAUGUGACUGUAUCUUUGCCCGUCCGGGGCUGUGUCAAGGACGAGUUGUGCACCCGGGAUUCAGUGACAGGUCCCGGAUUCGUACUCAGUGGCUCCUGUUGCAAGGGGUCCCGCUGUAACUCAGACCUCCGCAACAAGACCUAUUUCUCUUCUGGAAUCCCACCCCUUAUCCUGCUGCCCGCUCCCCAGCCUACCACUCUGGCCCCAACCACCCCUGUCACUACUUCCACGCCAGCCCCAACCAUGCCCGCCUCUACCACCAAACCCACCUCUACCACCAAACCCACCCCAGCCUCAACCAGCCAGACUCUUCCAAAGGAAGUAAAACCUGAGACCUCCCGGGAAGAGGAAUCUCACUUGGCUGGAGGUGCUGCUGGCCACCAGGACCGUAGUAAUAUGGGGCAGCACCCCACAAAAACUGGGCCCCAUAAUAAAAGCUCUGCAGCUCCCUUGGCCGGGUUGGCGGCUCUUCUGUUGGCUGUGGCUGCUGGCACCCUACUAUGAGCUCCACCUGGAAACCUCCCUUUUUCCCUACUUCCCUGGUCCUGGGUACCCUCGCUUCCCUUUCCCACCACUGGACUGGGCUGGCCCAGUGCCUGUUCUUCCAAUCUCCCCCGGCAUCCCCAGCUUCUGCUGCACUGGUUUGCGGCUUCAGGAAAUCAAGUUACCAUUGUAUAUAUCCUGCCGGGGUGUUCUAGCUUUUUAAGGGCAGCCAAUGUGUUUCCCUCAUUUUUGUCUGUCCCUUGUCUCCUCGUGGUGCCAGGACAGAGAGAAGGCAGAGCUGUCCCAGGGACGGUGGGAGCUUCCUAUUCGUUUUCUCAUAGCCAUCCUGGAAUAUGGGGGGGCAGAGUGGGAUAAUAGUUCCUUCCCCUGAUGGCUGCUGGCCCUGCCCCUCCAUCUUUGUGGGAAUUGUUUCAGUGUCCAUCUUCCUUACUAGACUGUGAGCUCCUCAAGGGCAGGGACCGUGCCUUAUGGCUCUGCAUGGUCAGUUUCUGGCAUAUAAAGACCUCAAUAAAAAUUGAAUUACUUUGUA